GCACCCAGUGAUGUAGUAUAACCCACCCUAUUAAUUCCAGUUAGGAAGACAUCUCCCGACAAUAAGGUAAAAGCGCGAUAAUUACCCCGUUCUAAACAAUCUAUAAUGCCCGGUGUACGACUCUGCUAGACCGACCUAUACGAUUAGCCCAAGCCCAAUAGGUAGGUCUCUUCCCCGCCUUGCUUUGACGUCUCCUUCACCGGCGCGCAAUAAACAUCGCGCGUAACCCUAUAUAGGUAGGUUGGACAACCCCGCCCAAGCUCUAUUGCGUGAUCGAGCAGGUCGUGUUGCGUGAUCGCAGCCAAGCACGUCGGAACGCUAUGGCACAUGCGCACCCGGUAUUGACGUGAUAUCACGUCGUCGCUAGCGGCGGGCUACUCCGCCGGCCCUCGGAGACGGGAUGGGUUGGUUGGUUUUGACAUAGCCGUAUAUCUAUGUUAAGAAAUAGAUCCGGACCAUUAUUAAUGAAUCAAUCAAUCAGUCAUUGCGUGCUGAAUUAGUAAGGUGAGAGAGACAUACAUGAUGAGCAGCGACGCAAAGCCGAAGAAGAGCCUCGUGCUCAAUGCCUUUGUUAUGAUGGCUAGCGGGCAUCAAUCGCCGGGUCUGUGGAGGCAUCCGGACGACGAGUCGUGGCGCUUCAAUGAAGUAUCCCACUGGGUUGAAUUAGCGAAGCUGCUUGAGAAGGGGAAGUUCCAUGGCAUCUUCAUUGCUGAUGUCCUUGGGGGGUACGAUGUCUAUAGGGAUUCUUUAGAUCCCGCAAAGGUAUCGGGGGCUCAAUGGCCGACUAAUGAACCCCUUUCUGUGAUUUCUGCCAUGGCGGCGGCGACCAAGAGCAUUGGGUUUGGCGUCACGGCUUCGACUACGUAUGAGCAACCGUAUCAUUUCGCCAGACGCUUGUCAACAGUUGAUCAUUUAUCUAAAGGACGACUAGGUUGGAAUAUUGUCACAAGCUACCUUGACUCGGCCGCGAAGAACUUAGGCUUUGCAGAGCAACCAAAACAUGACGAUCGCUACGCGCAGGCCGAAGAAUAUCUCAAGGUCAUCUACAAGCUCUUAGAGUCGUCAUGGCGAGACGAUGCAGUGAAACUAGAUCGCGAGUCGGGUAUCUACACCCAGCCUGACCUAGUACGGCCUAUAAAUCACCAAGGCAAGUUCUUCACAGUCCCCGGACCGCAUAUCUGCCAGCCAAGCCCGCAAAGAACGCCGCUGCUUCUCCAAGCAGGCACGUCUCGCGCCGGAAAGCAGUUCGCGGCCCAACACGCCGAGGCCAUAUUUGUAUCAGCUCACGCUCCGGAAGUAUGCGCAAAGAACAUAGCGGAAGUACGAGAGUUAGCCAAGACCACAUAUGGUCGAGACCCGACGAAUAUCAAGGUCUUAGCACUGGUAACGCCGAUCCUGGGGCGGACAGAAGAAGAAGCUCAAGCAAAACUAGCCGACUACCGAAAAUACGCCUCGCAUGAAGGAGCUCUUGCUCUAUUUGGUGGAUGGACGGGUAUCGACCUUGACAAGUACGGGGACGAAGAGGAACUAAGACACGUUGAAAGCAAUGCAGUGCGAUCUACCGUCGAAGGCUUUGCCAGAUUCUCGCCGAAAACAUCAAAAUGGACCAAACACACGAUAGCAGAGCACAUCGCCAUCGGCGGCAACGGGCCCCUAUUCGUCGGGACGCCGUCGCAAGUAGCAGACGGUCUCGAGACCUGGGUUAACGAAGCCGACGUUGACGGAUUCAAUUUCGCAUAUGUACUCUUCCCCCAAUCCUUCAAGGAUAUCGUUGAGCUUCUACUCCCCGAGCUUCGAAGCCGAGGCUUGUUUUGGGACGACUACGCGGUACCUGGAGGGACGUACAGGGAGAACUUCUAUCAGAAGCCGGGGCAGACUGGCCCGCUUGAUGAGCACAUUGCUUCCACGUACAGGUGGAAGGCGGGUGUUCCGUCAGAGCAGCAUGUGAUUCAAGAUUGAGUCACGGAGGCUCAUAAGCAAUGAACCAUAGGUCUACGAUGUCAAUAGGACGAGGCUGUGCGAAUUGGGAUCACUGUCUCACUACGAGGAAAGUAAAGGACUAAUACCAUGU